AUGAGAGACUCUGGUGUGUCCGUUUCUGCCGAGAAUGUCAUUGUUAUUGUUGCCAUACAGCACCACAUCAAAUUCUUCCACCUUACGAUUACCGAUACAUUUCAUCACCGAUUCAAGACUCUUAGCCCAAGGGAUGAAACCGCUGACCUGGGAAGCUUCCUACCGGUGGAAUCAACAGAAUGGCUAGACGGUGCCACCAUGGAUGGUCGACAGAGCAUCGCUCAUCAUGUCAUGGCCUUGGUACGGUGGGCCAAAAAGAUCGCUAUGAAGAAAUCCGAUGACAAAGUGGGCAACCAAGAUGAGAUGACGGAAACUAGCCUCUAG